AUGCUCAAAUCUACAUACUCCGCUCCUCCCCCUUUGCCUGAAGGGUGGACUCAACAUCGAGCUCCCACAGGCCACUGGUACUAUUAUAACGCUGCAACGAAACAAUCCACCUAUACCCGCCCUCAACAAACUGUCUCCCACCCCAGUCAAUCGGCUCCUGAUCCCUCACACGCAACCUACACUCCGGCGACACUGCCCCCGUUCUCUUCAACACCUCAUGGACCGCCAGGAUUUGGCCAUGUACCGGCGCAUACUAGCCCGCCGCAGAGCUUCCGUGGCCGGGGAGGGUUCCGUGGAGGGAAAGGCUACCACGAUCGUGGACGAAGAGAGCCCGAAGAUAGGCCAAAAAAGAAGCAUCCUAUACCUGACUGCGCCCCAUGGCUCCUGGUCAAGACAAAGCUUGGAAGGAGAUUUGUGCACAAUCCAGAAACCAAGGAAAGUUUUUGGAAAUUUCCGGAACACGUUCUGAAGGGCGUGGUUGAAUUUGAUCGUCUCGAGCGUGAGAAAAAGGAAAGAAAGGAACGAGGGGAGCCCGAGGAGCCAGUUAAAAAGGAACCAUCUGCACCGCCGGACGCUCAAACGGAAGCCCAACCGGUACCACUGGAAACGGAACACGCAGACGACGACGACGAGUAUGAGGAGGUCGAGGUUACAGAUAGCGAGGGCGAAGAGGGUCAACCGUCAAAGCGUGCGCGGGCUGAAAGCGAGGGCCUCGAGAACCAGCCGCUAGAGUUCAACGAAGAAGACAUGGAAUAUCAACUAGCAGCCAUGGGCGAAGACUAUGGACUGGACCCCGGGGAAUACGGCGAGGUUGGAGAGGAGGACUGGGAAGAGGGCGCAGCGGGCCUACCGCUGACAGAGGCUGACGCUGAAGCCCUCUUCCGCGACCUGCUGGACGAUUUCCAGAUCAACCCAUUCACGACAUGGGAGAAUGUCAUCGAAGAAGGUCGCAUCAUUGAAGACACUCGAUAUACAGCACCCGCGAACAUGAAGAUGCGACGAGAGAUUUUCUCCAAAUGGUCCAGGGAAAGGAUCCAACACAUUAAAGAACAAAAGGCGAAGCAGGAAAAGACGGACCCGCGCAUCAAGUAUCUGGCGUUCCUGCAGAAACAUGCCACUCCCAAGCUUUACUGGCCAGAGUUCAAGCGCAAGUUCCGAAAAGAGCCUGAAAUGAAGGACUCUCAGCUUACGGAUAAAGAGCGCGAGAAGUUCUACCGCGACCAUAUCUCGCGUAUCAAACAACCCGAGAGUACUCGCAAAUCAGACCUGUCUGCCCUUCUCAAGUCUGUUCCGUUGGACUUGUUACAUCGGUCUUCCAACGCUGAAGCUUUGCCCACUGUGGUAAUCACUGAUGUCCGCUAUAUCGGACUCGCGCCGGAGGUGCGAGACCCGUUGAUUGAGGCGUACAUAUCUACACUGCCUCCGGCGCCGGAGGUACAGUUGACAGCAGAAGAGCUAGAAGAACUUGACCGAAAACGACUUGAACGCGAGAAGCGCGAGAAGGCUUUGGCGGAUCGGGAGAAGCGGGUGGAGGAAGAGAAGCGGAGGCAACGAGGAGAUCUCCUUCGUGGCAAACACCUGCUCAGGGAAGGCGAGGCCGAAGUUGAACAGGCAAUGCGUGUCAGGAAGGACGGCCUACGGAGCUACAUGGAUGUCGAUCAGAGGGAAGAUGAGGAGCCGAAGCUGGAUCAAUAG